AUGUCCUUUUCCCAAGACUAUUAUUGCUACCCCAUCUUCACCUCCUACAGGAAUGACGUGCCUCUCACUCCUGAGCUAGGUAUCAUUGAAGCUAGUCAUGUUCGCGAUUUGUACUAUGUCUAUGCUAACCGUCACAAUGAUCACUACUCCCCCUACUCUGAGAACCACCCUGAUCCCCUAGAACGUCGUAUUCACGCCAUGCCUGACAUUGAGGUUUUCCUUAUGGAUGAGGACCAUCCCCCUCAAUGGUUUCUAGGUGUUGACCUCACCACGCGUUGCACGGGGCUUACACCCAUGCUCUUUGUGUCUUUGGCGAAGCUGUACAACCCGCUGGAUGGAAUCGUCGCGAACCCUGGGCCAAUUACGACUACGCAACUGAACUUGUCAAGAUCGGUUUUUCCGUACAUCCCGCGUCCCAUUUGUUUCAGGGAGGACGUCUAUCACUUCCCUGCUGAUUCGUUCCACGAGCUACAGCAACAGGUACAUCACAACAACUUCUACGCGAUUUGCCUCAAUGCUCUAUCCAUCAUUAUCACGGCUACUAAACAAAUGGAGUAUAGUAAUAUUGCACAUGUUGGGUAUAUUCGCGUUGAACACUCCGAAGACGAUCUGUCCGACGCAGGAUUCCCUGUCAACGGAUACGACGGCAACGACAAAGCACUGGGACCAAUUACUCCGCCGCCUGAGAACGUUCCGCCGCCCCACUUGGUGGACUUCGCGGAAGUCCCCUUCGACUACGCCGCCUGGGGACUUCCCCCUCGAGAACCUUCCGAACAACCCGAAACAACUCACCUGGGUUACCAGAACGGCGACUCGUUUACGGCUCCGGAGUACGCCCCGUUACACGCCGCCAACAAAGCAGGCGAAUUCCCUGCUCCGGAAUACGCCCACAGCCACGAGCUCGACAUCGCUGCCCUCACGCAGCAACUCUCGUUGGUUGCAGUCGCACAUAGCGUCGAAUCCGUAUCCCCCGGGUUCGGUAACGACUUCGUCGAAUCUGUUUGGGAAUGGCCGGGAGAACCAAAUCCCGUCGUCGACCUGGGACCACCUGAAUGGCCCACCGUACCGCAGCAACAUACGCCGCCGUUCUCAUGGGAAGACCACUGGCACGAGGUUCACGCUCGCGACCUCAAGCUAGGCGACAACAAGGACGUCAACAUCGGCGGAGGGCUCGAAAUCGCUCUGAACACAUCAUUCGCCCCUUUCCCGUCGUCUCUAACUGAGCUAACAAUAUGUCUUGCUUGUAUAUACUACAUCCCAACGUUCCCAGCGUCUCAAUUCCUGUAUUCUGCAACUACUAAUACCUUACUCGCGAAUUUGAUCCUUUUGACUCGUCUAAAUAAUCGUCGCUAA